CGGCGGUGCCGGGGCUAGAGCGGGCUCUUGGCCGCAGGGAGCCAGGGACGGCGCGGAGCUGCUGCGGACGGUACAGCAUGUGUGCAGAGCUCAUUAACGGAUGUUAAAUAUAUGGAGAUAUACCUAUCUCACAGAACUGGAAGGGACCUUGAAAGGUCAUCAAGUCCAGUCCCCUGCCUUCACUAGGAGGAUCAAGUACUGAUUUUGCCCUAGAUCCCUAAAUGGCCCCCUCAAGGAUUGAACUCACAACCCUGGGUUUAGAAGGCCAAUGCUCAAACCACUGAGCUAUCCCUCCCCCAUGUUCUAUGGCAAGUACAUCAGAAGAAGGUGUAACAGGCUGUAAAAUUCAGCUAAACUUGAAUUCUUGGUCCCAGGAGUGCCAGGAAACUCAGAAAAGGAAUUAAUUGGAAGAAUAUUGAUCUAGACUUGAAGAAGUGGAACACAUCAGCAACAGAAUACCAAAUCCUGGUGCUUUUUGAAUCUUUAGAGGAUUGUAUUCUUUAGGAAUUCCUAUUGACAUUUUAACUAUCCCAUUUAGUACAUUUUUAAUCUGUUUGUACAUAAAGAUUAAUCUGGACAACUUGAGUUUUGUUAUUGUUUAAUUACAUUAUUGAAUGUUAAAAUAUUUGCCAAGAUGAGUGCAGAAGGAUACCAGUACAGAGCUUUAUAUGACUACAAAAAAGAGCGAGAAGAAGACAUUGACUUGCACUUAGGGGAUAUAUUAACUGUGAAUAAAGGUACCUUAGUAGCACUUGGAUUUAGUGAAGGGGAAGAAGCGAAGCCUGAGGAAAUUGGUUGGUUGAACGGCUGUAAUGAAACCACAGGGGAGAGGGGGGAUUUUCCAGGAACUUACGUAGAAUAUAUUGGAAGAAAAAAAAUAUCUCCCCCGACUCCGAAGCCUCGUCCUCCUCGACCCCUUCCUGUAGCACCAAGUUCUGCAAAAGUUGAAGCAGACAGUGAGCAGCAAGCUUUUACACUUCCAGAUCUUACAGAGCAAUUUUUGCCUCCUGACGUCGCUCCACCAAUUCUUAUCAAGAUAGUGGAGGCUAUUGAAAAGAAAGGUCUGGAAUGUUCAACUUUGUACAGAACACAAGGGUCAAGCAGUAUUGCAGAACUAAGCCAAAUUUUUGAGUGUGAUGCCUCAUCAAUGGAUUUUGAGCCAAUUGAUGUGCAGAUCUUAUCAGAUGCUCUCAAGAGGUAUCUCCUGGACCUGCCAAAUUCUGUCAUUCCAGCAUCUGUUUACAGUGAAAUGAUUUCAGGAGCUCAAGAAGUUCAGAGCUCGGACGAAUAUGCUCAGUUGCUGAAGAAACUCAUCAGGUCUCCAAAUAUACCUCACCAGUAUUGGCUCACUCUCCAAUAUUUGCUUAGACAUUUCUUCAGACUUUGUCAAACCUCCAGCAAAAAUCUCUUGAAUGCAAGAUCCCUAGCUGAAAUUUUCAGCCCUCUGCUUUUCAAAUUCCAGUUAGGAAGUUCUGAUAAUGCUGAACACCUCGUAAAAAUCCUAGAAGUUUUAAUCACAAGUGAAUGGAAUGAGAGACAGCCAGUACCAGCACUGCCUCCUAAACCACCAAAACCUAAUACUGUAAUUAACAACGGUAUGAAUAACAACAUGUCUUUACAAGAUGCUGAAUGGUAUUGGGGAGAUAUCUCAAGGGAAGAAGUAAAUGAGAAGCUUCGUGACACUGCUGAUGGUACCUUUUUGGUACGAGAUGCUUCUACCAAAAUGCAUGGAGACUACACACUUACACUAAGGAAAGGGGGAAAUAACAAAUUAAUCAAAAUAUUUCACCGAGAUGGGAAGUACGGCUUUUCCGACCCAUUAACUUUCAACUCUGUGGUUGAGCUAAUAAACCACUACCGGAAUGAGUCUCUAGCCCAGUAUAAUCCUAAACUGGAUGUAAAAUUACUUUAUCCAGUAUCCAAGUACCAGCAGGAUCAAGUUGUGAAAGAGGACAGUAUUGAAGCAGUGGGAAAGAAAUUACAUGAAUAUAACACUCAGUUCCAAGAAAAGAGUCGAGAAUAUGACAGACUUUAUGAAGAUUACACCAGAACAUCUCAGGAAAUUCAAAUGAAAAGAACGGCUAUUGAAGCAUUUAAUGAAACAAUAAAAAUAUUUGAAGAGCAGUGCCAGACACAAGAAAGAUACAGCAAAGAGUAUAUUGAAAAGUUUAAACGGGAAGGAAAUGAAAAAGAAAUACAAAGAAUAAUGCACAACUAUGAGAAGCUGAAGUCUCGAAUAAGUGAAAUUGUGGACAGCAGACGUAGACUAGAAGAGGAUUUAAAGAAGCAAGCAGCUGAAUAUAGAGAGAUUGACAAACGUAUGAACAGCAUUAAACCAGACCUUAUACAGCUGAGAAAGACAAGAGACCAGUACUUGAUGUGGUUGACUCAAAAAGGUGUUCGGCAAAAGAAGUUAAAUGAAUGGCUGGGCAAUGAAAAUACAGAAGACCAAUACUCUAUGGUGGAAGAUGAUGAGGAUUUGCCCCAUCAUGACGAGCGAACGUGGAAUGUGGGAAAUAUCAACAGAAGCCAAGCUGAAAAUCUGCUGCGGGGAAAACGGGAUGGAACGUUCCUUGUUCGGGAGAGCAGCAAACAGGGCUGCUAUGCUUGCUCUGUUGUGGUGGAUGGAGAAGUAAAGCACUGUGUCAUAAACAAAACCCCUAGUGGGUAUGGAUUUGCAGAGCCAUAUAACUUGUACAGCUCUCUUAAAGAACUGGUGCUACAUUACCAACACACAUCACUCGUGCAGCACAAUGACUCUCUCAAUGUCACACUAGCCUACCCAGUAUAUGCACAGCAGAGGCGAUGAAGACCUUAAUACUCUGUUUUAAAACAAAAAAAUCAACAACACUGAGGCCUCUGGAGAGAGAAGGUUCCUUUCAGCCUGAUUUGUGAAUUUCAGCUGCAGUAUCAAAGCUGUCUGUCUUCAGAUGGGACUAGAGCUUUCUUGACAACUGCAGUGGGAGAGAUCACAGUAUUAAGCUGUGAAUGUAUGUUUCUUAUCUAAAGUGC